CCAGAGCAUCAACCUUCAAAAGUUCAAGCUCAAGAAGUUCAAAGAGCAACACGUUCAUAUCAUAGAUCAUCGCAGCUGGCUUCAACGACUUCAUACGAGAGUAAAAGCAUUCAGAAGGAUGAUAGCCAAAAGAAAAGGUGUGAAACAAUAGACGUGUCGACUGUCCAGCAGUUGCGGGAUUUAGCUGGAAAUUCAUCUAUCUCUCCUUGCCCGACUAAGUACCAACCGGAAUCUUUAGGACCUCAACCACCAGGGCAUCAAUCGCCAAAAGUUUAUCCACCAAAAGUUCAAACGCCAAAUUGGGCAUAUCACAAAUCAUCGCAAUUGACGUCGUCUUUACACGACAGUAAGAUCAUUCAGAAGAACGAUAACCAAACAAUAAGGCGUGAAACAAUAGAUAUCUCAACAGCCCAGCAGCCGAGGAAUAAGGCAGUAUCUCAAACACUACUGCCUCAGACGACAGCAGCUAAAUCACCGGAAGUUCAAACACCCAAACGUUUAUGUCGCAGAUCAUCGCAGUCGACGUCGAUGUCGUUGCACGACCAAAAAGAUGAUAUCCUAAAGAAGAGGCGUGAAACCAUAGACGUUUCACCUGCUCAGCAGCCGUGUAAUAAAACCGGAGCUCGGAAUCUCCCAAAUCGCAGACAGUAUACGCCGAGGACGCUGUACAAUACUCCAAAACUUCAAAACGAUUACAGCCGAAGCCAAAGCCGCGAAUCCAUAGACUUGUCAGCUGAUCAUCAGCCGGGAAUGAAUGCCGGAAUAAAUCAAACGUCAAAACUUCCAUCGCAUGGACUUCAACCCACAGUGAACCCAAUUCGCAGAACAUCGCAGUAUACUCCGACUUCGUUAUACGAGAACGAAAGCUUUGAAAACAAUGACAACCGAAAGCAAAGGCGCGAAUCCAUAGACGUUUCCAAUAUUCAUCAUUCAGAAAAUACUGCCGGAACCCAGCCACCAGGGCUUCAGCUUCUAGGAGUUCAAACGCCAGUACUUCAACCCCUAAGUCGUCCAUAUCGCAGACCAUCACUGUAUCUACCAACGUCACACAUUGGGGACCAACACCUUCAAAACAAUGAAAGCCGAAACCAAAGCCGCAAAGCCAUUGACAAUUCUACUGUUAGUCAUCCGGGAAAUAUUGCCGGAACAGAAUCGGAAGGGCCUCAACCAAUAGGAGCUCAAAUGCCAGGAGCACAAACACCAGGUCGCCCAUGUCGCAGACUUUCACAAUAUACGCCGAUGCCGAUGAAUGUGGAUCAAAACACUCAAAACGAUAUUAGCCGGCAGCAAUGGCGUGAAUCCAAAGACGUUACCAAGGUUCCUCAUCCGGAAACUAUUGCCGGACCACCGCAACCACCAAGUCUACAAUCUCUAGGAGCUCAAGCGCCAUUACUUCAAACUCCAAGUGGUCCAUAUCGCAGAUCAUCGCUGUAUUUGACAACAUCACAGCUUGAGGAUCAAAGCCCACAAAACAAUGAAAGCCGAAACCAAAGGUGCGAGUCGAUUAACUAUUCCAAUAUUAAUCAUCCGGGAAAUAUACCCGCAACCCAACCGCAAGGGCUUCAACCCUUAGGUUCUCAAAUGCCCGGACUUCAAACACCAAGUCGCCCAUGUCGCCGGCCUUCGCAGUACACGCCGACGCCGCCGUAUGAAGAUCAAGUUUCUCAAAUCGAUAUCAACCGACAGCAAAAACGUGGUUCCUUAGACUUUUCCACUGUUCACCAUUCGGAAAAUAUAGCUGGAGUUCAGUCGGGGACUUCGAUCAGUCCAAGACCUCAAUUGACCGAACUUCAACCCCCAAGACGUCCAUAUCGCAGACCAUCGCAAUUCGCCCCGACGUCGCCAUAUGAGCCUAGAAGCUUUCAAAACGAGGACAAUCGAAAGGAAAAGUGCGAACUAAUCGACUUGACUGGUACUCAACAGCCCGAAAUUAAGACGGGACCCGAACUACCGGGUCAUCAAACUCCGAGACGUCCAUAUCGCCCACCAAUGCAGUCUGUAUCGGCGUCGGAUUUGCAGUCUAAAUUUCUUCUAUACAUACGUGAUUUGUGUUCAGAGAUUGUCCACCACCAGGUCUUCGAGCAUUUCUGCGCCUUCGGCAGUUUGCAUCGCGUCUAUGUACUGCAACGCACCGAGAACUACAAUUACGCACUAAUAAUCUUCACAUCCGCCAAGUCCGUAGAACUGGCUGUGGCCGCUAAUCCACACAACCUACGUAACAAACAAUAUUUUUGCCACAAGGCUGGACCCUGGAACCUUGGUUGCUUCAAAAGCGAGAGGCGUAUAUCUGACUUCAGCAAUAGCAAAAGGUCGAUCUUCAAAGAUCGACUGCAAAUUAGGGUGCCUUAUGGCGUUAAUAUUCAUUGCUAUAUUUACCAAUCAAAUGCUAGCACGAAUCAGGCCAACAACAGCAGUGAGCAGGAAAUGAGCAAGAGAUCAGCCUUGCUGCCGCAAGUGUCUAUUGACCUGUUACAUCAUCUACGCGAGGAGCAGGCAGCGCUGCAACCUAGCAUCAAGCAAGCACCUCUUGAUCUUGAUCACCAAACGCUCUUCUCCAGCAUGGGUGACAACUACAGUUUCCAGCGUCACAGUUACACGAAUUUCGUGGCCUAUCAAAAGCGACCUGGCCAAUACGAAGCGGUACCAGCCAACGCCAAAGUUGGACUCACGGCCAUCGCCUAUGCAGAUCUGAGAGAUAAACGUGAUUUAAUAUCAUUUUUUUAUCAGACCGACUAA